AUGCAGCAUGAUGAUGUCAUUUGGGGUACACUUAACAACCACUUUUGCAGCUACAAGGUAAAGACAGUGAAACAAAAGUUUUGUCGAAACAAAUACAACCUCACAGGUCUCUGCGAGAAAAAGUCUUGUCCGCUGGCUAAUUCUCGUUAUGCAACUAUAGUUGAGAACAAUGAUGCCCUUUACCUUUUCAUCAAGACAGCUGAGCGAGCCCACUCUCCGAGGAAUCUAUGGGAGAGGAUCAAACUCUCGCCCAACUAUCGUCGAGCUCUGACGCAGAUUGAUAAGCAUCUUGAAUACUGGCCAAAGUUUCAGGUCCACAAAGCGAAGCAAAGACUCACGAAGAUGACGCAGUACUUGAUACGAAAACGUCGGAUACUGCUGCGCAGCAAAACACGCUUGGUUGGAGUUAAAAAGAAGCUCGAACGUCGGGAGGAAUCUAGAGAAAAGAAGGCUAUUACGGCUGCUAAGCUUGAAACAGCAAUCGAAAAAGAGCUACUGGAGAGGCUUCGCAGUGGUGCUUACGGGGAUAUUUACAACUUUGCGCAAGAUCACUACGAGAAGGUUUUGGAGACCGAAAUAGGAGAGGAAGAAGAGAUGGAGGAAGAACUUGAGAGUGGUGAUGAAUAUGAAGCCGAGAUCGAGGCUGAGUCGGAUGACGAGCUCGACCGAGACAUUGAGGAAGCGGGUCCGCUUGCAGUAUCCGGCGAUUUUGAUUUUGACAGUCACAGCGACAGUGAGGAUGACGAUAUAGGCGGCGCUGGCGUUGAUCGAGACAUCGGUCAAGACGAGGUCAAGGAUUAUGUUCGUAAACGAGCUCGCAGCCGCGCAAAGGCCGGGUCGGAUGAUGCAUUGGAGAAAAAGCGGAGAAAGGGUCGUCGAUUGCGGAAUUCACGAGGGGGUGUGCGGGUUGAGGUGGAAUACGAAAGAGAAGCGGAUGCGGAGGCACAGGAUCAUUAA